CCUCGUCCCAGUGUGUUAAUGCACGCUGAGAAACAAUCAUAUUGGCAAUGUAUUUUACACAUAAAUGUUACGGUAUCCUCCUACUUUACAUUCUAACAAUCACUCGGUAUCUGCGAGGUCAGGCUCACGAUUCGACGGGUAAAAUAAUAAUCCACACACCUGUUGAGUUUAUAGAAUCCACACAAAAUCCUCUUUCAAGCGACAAUGUCUCCCGUAAUGAUAAACUGACUCAUUACACCCCGACGACAAAGACCAACGUCCUUUAAACAAACCAGCCAAGAAACCGCGUAGAAAUGCCAGCGCGAAGACAGAUCCACGAGACCAAGCCACGUGAAAUUGGUGAAUCAUACGAAAAUGUAUAUUUUCGCACGUUAUCUCAGGACUUUGAAGAAUUGAACAGAUCUCGACUUUCAGGUAGAAAACGAAUGGUGGUAUUCAAUGAUAAGAACGACAAGUACCAUGCCAAACAACACGAGGAGAAGCAUUCGGAAGGUUUACCAUUUAAAUCCUAUAGUAAUAUCGAUUGCAAUCAAAGAAAAAUUCAGAAUUUACAUCGUGGAAAGUUUUCCAUCACAGGAAACGAUGAGAACCACUCACAAAUGGCAUACCACUCAGAUUCAGUAACUCCAGGAGUGCGUGCAGGAAAGAUCCGAGUUCGAGGUGAGAUAGCGAAAGCAGAGAGCUGGAUGAGAAUGGAGCCAGACGUAGAAUGUGGAGAUGAGACUAUGACCCUCACUGUCAGAGGGAGACGAGCCCUACAUCUGUUAGUAGACAGAGCGAAUGCCUCUGCUUUCCCCCUGGCCCAACUACCCUCUCAAUGUGGCUACUCCGUCGAGUCGACCUGGCGAGACUUGACGUUUGUGGUACCUUAUAAUGCCUGUCACGUCAACCAAGAAGUGGAUGGUAGUUAUGUGUUGCCUCUGAUCUGGAGAGGGACCCCUGUGAAGAUGUCCUGCCCAAUGUCCCAGGCCCUGGCCCCCUCCUCCCUCUGCUGCUUGUCUCAGGGAAUGACUGUCAGACUGCAAGUUCAUGGAGCCAAAGAGGAGCUCAGAGUCAAGGUUAGAGGAAAAUGGACGCCACUGCUUUCGCUGGCCCUGCAGUGUGGCUACAGUAUGGACAGGCAACAUGGAGAGCUGCUCAUAUCUGCACCCUUCACUGCCUGUGGGAUCACAUCAAAGGAUGGAAAAUACACUCUCUCUUCAAAUAGGAGAGAAAGCCGUCACACUGGCCUGUCCUUCUUCUCUGCCUGUCCAAGUAACACAACCCCUCCGACCUGCAGCAGAUUUCCCCCAUUAUGUAACUAUGGGCCCAACAAGCUCAGUUUCCUCAACCCUGCUGUCUAACCCUUUUUCCAUAACCCUGUCUUACCCAGUGCUUCACCCAUCCUUCCCAUUUAAUCCCCUGCCCACAUUGCCCCCUGAUCAGCAUCCCAGCCCUGGUAUCCAUGUUACUUCUCCCUUGACUACAGGCCCCUCUGUCCAUCCUCCCCUGGCUCAGCGUCUUCAGGCCUACCCAUUCUCUCAGUAUUACUACCUCCACACGAUGCCCCUCAGUGAGUCAUACCAGUCACCCCUCUCCUCUAGUCCCCCCUCUCAACUCCCAACUACAGGCCCCACUGAGUCGAAGCCAGGCCACACUCCUUUCCCAAGCCACCCCAACUACAAUAACCCCCAUGUUACUCAGUAUUCUUCCACUACAGCUGGUCAUCCAGUUCACUCUGAAGCCCCCACUCUCCGACCCCCUGAGUAUCCUCGCCACCCAUACUACCACAACUACCAUCACCCCAACAUCCCUAUGCUUGAGCCACCUCGAGGGCCCAGUCCUGGUGCCAAGACGGGUACUUCCACCAAUGGUCCUCGGGUUGAACCACCUGUCCCUCACACCCUUAACCCGAUCUUCCGGGUGUUUCCGCACUACUACCUCUACCACCCCAAAGUGCCUCCCUAUAACCCACCCCAACACCCUCAGCCUGUUACCCCUGCCUCUCACUCCUCUACUCUCCCGGUUAGCAGUUCAAACACACCGUAGAACUCCUGUUCCUCAUGUGCCUCACCCUCCACCCUAUCCUCACUACUACACCCCACAAACACCCAGUGGUGAAGUCAAGAGACCCCAUCACCCUGAUAACCCUUUUAUUAAUCUUCAACCUUUGAAACCUAUCACUUCCCCUUACUCAUCUCCCACUUUAAUAGAGAUCCCAUUCUACCAAUACACUCUUAAUUUUCCUUACAAGCCUCCACCGAUCCAGAAACCUAGACUUGGUCUCCAGACCAACAAUCCCUCUAGACCCAUGGACAAACAUCCUCCAGUUGUCCCAUCUCCCCCUGCGUCGUCUCCUGAUCAAAGUGGAAAGUCGCACCCUCAUGGUCACCUGAAAUGGCCUCCACAACAACAACCCUCCAAUUCACACACAGCCCAGAGCCUGUCUACUAGUUCUACCUCUGUUGCCCAUGCUGCAAUCCAACCUCUUCUCUUUCCAAACUUCCCCCCGUUGUACUACCCUCAUCUGAAAUCACCCAUCAGCAACCCUCAACAUGAACAAAACCCUGUUACUGUCCUCCCCACUGCUCUGCCUGCAUCCUCUUCAACCUCUACUCCAGCAUCUGGCCAUCCAGUUUAUCCACACUACUACGAUCACCCAUACUAUUACUACUCAAUGCCUUAUGAUCCAUACAGAUUACCCCAACCUGUUGAUCAUGCAUUUUCUGCCCCAUCUAAAGGAGCUCUAUCUCAGACCUCUGCUCCUCACACUAUGGAAACCUUUCACCAACCAGCCCUUCCAUAUGACUAUGCCCAGGCCAAAAUGCCUAUCCAGAUUACUACCCAACCUCGGCCUUCUCCUGCCACUAACAGUCCUCAAACCUCCACUCCAACCCCAGAAUCUACAACUCCUGAAAUCCCACCUUUUCCCUUUGACCCCUACUACUACUACCAUCCUGGAAUGUCCAUCUACGACCAGGACCAAAGCUAUGAUCCCAGUACAAACGCCGAAAAGACAUCAGGGGCUCAAGCUCCCCUAGAUUCUGACCAUUAUAGAAGAGGAAGCUUUGCCCACACUCCUGUGGCGAGUCCAACCCAUGCACCCCAUCCCACCAACCCCACUCAUAACCCCUCACACCCUCACAUCAUUCAUCCACAACCUUCAACCAUUCCUUCCCCUCAUCAUCCCAACCCAGGGCCCCCUGGAGAUCUGUCAGACCCAGUGAUGAAAGGUGAGUCUUCAUCUUGAAUAUUUCUACUGUAUGUGUGCACUGCACCACUAUUGAAAGGCUAUGUGGUUCUCAUAUCAGUGCAGGCACUAUAAAGAGCCACAAGAGGGCACCUCACCUCUACUAGGUGAUCCUGGAGACCACCGUGUAAUUGGUUUUUACUUCAGUAACAAAUAUCCACUUAAGUAGAAGUUCAUAAACCUGGUUUGUCACACCAGUACCGUUUCCUUUCCCUCCAUAUAGACCCUGGUUUCAAGGCUGAUACACACACACACACACACACCCUGUGGCUUGUCCGACCAGGACUGUGACGGCUCCUUAGGUUGCUGCUCUUACCUUGUGAAUGGUUAGUCUCUCGAUCUCAAGCUACUGGUCUUGGUGUUGCUAUGGAGAAGCCAUAACAGUUUGGUGUUUCGCCGACAUCAAAACACUUCUCGGAGGAGUGGAAAUGGUCUUCCAGCAUGUCCAAGGCCAUGUGCACAUGCUUGGUAUUUCGGGAAUGUCAGCUUUCGAACUGCUUUGCUACUCAUUAGUUUACACAAUGUGCUGAUUGUGUCUUAGGUCCUCAGGCUGUGUAUGUGUGUCAACCCUCAGAGUGUACAUUGGGGCGUCAAUUUGUCUUUGCGGUCCCUGGCUCUCUGGUGGACCCCACGGUCUCCCUUCCCCCUCUACCUGCGGACAGCCAUGUGUCCUGUACCCCCCCAGAGGAUGACGUCUGACCUGUACAGUGUACCCCUGGAUGGCUGUGGAGUGCACAGAUAUGAGGAUGGUCAGGCCAUGGUCCACUUGUUGGAGUUCAACGCUCUACUUUCCACACAACAUAAACACAGCACCACGUCUGAAGACUCACCUGUCCGGUUGAUGGUGGAGUGCAGGUCUUUUCCUGGUUCUCCCGGAAGGGUGAGGUACCAGGUGAUGAACACCAGCCCCCCUGUCCCCACUCAGGGCUCAUUGGCUGUCCAGCUACGAAUCGCUACAG